AAAUAUAAUAAUUUUAUUAAUCAAAAAAAUCUUUACAAUAACAAAACAUGUGGAAAUUAUGUGUGAUAACAACUUUAAUCAGCCUUAUAUUGGCCAACGUACAAGCUGGACAAUCAAACCUAAUAUCGGAAUAUAGUAUAACACCCAGUAAUCAAGUGGCUUAUUAUCAUUAUCCAGCACCACCAAAAUCACAGCAAUUCCAUGAUCCUGCAGCCAAACAACUCUCCCCGAUACCCAUACCCACCUUAGCACCCUCUCCAUCAGAACAACGCUCUGUACAGGGUGCAGCUCAAGCUUAUCAAAAUCAAUAUCAAGGCAAUUAUCGUACAGCUGCUGCUAUAACAAAACAAUUCACCUCACCAGCAUUGGAUAAUGCUGCCUUCAAUUUGGCCUUGUCCAAUCAAGGUUAUACUAUUGGUGGUAAUGGCGCCAAUGCUGCCUUAACUUCCACCUCAAGAUCGAGCAAAACUACAGCCACACAAACAGCUAUUUCAAAUGCCGCCACUGCUUCGGCCGCACCUGCUGGCUCUAGCUCUUCUUCUAAUUUACCUCCUCUUACCUCGCUCAAUGUAAAAUUGCCAUUACCAAUUGGUAUUACUCCCCUUAAUAUUGCUCCUUUGCCUUUACAAGCCGGUGCUCCUUAUACUGCCAUACCAAAUGGUGUUACUUCAUACGGUACUCCUUAUCCUCAGAGAAAGAGGCGUUAAAUAGGUAUAGUUUACUUUUUAACUCUAAGCUUUCCUUUCUCUUCUAUUCUAAUUAAUUUAGUGCAAUUUUUUUUAGGUUUGAUUUAAUUAGUUUGAAUUUAAUGAUAUUCAAAGUCAAACGGAAAAAAUGUAUAAUAUAUAGUAGUUGCAUAUGUUUAAGCUUAAUUUAAAUUUUUAAGCCAUAGAAAUAGCCUAGAAAACCAGGGUUCGGAUUAUAUUGAAGAAGAAAAAAUUGAAGAAGUGUUAAAAGUAUGAAAAGAAGUGUUAAUGUCUUGUUGUGUUAAUCAAACUAAAUUUUUAAUAAUUGCAAAAAAUACCAAAUCGAAAGUGACUCAUGUAGACCAUGUUCACUAAAAUGUUUUUCAAAACAAAGCCGACAAAACCCAAGUUAUUUUAUAGACUAUUUAAUAUAUGACUUUAAGGAACAAGUCUAUGGUCAAUAGGCUGGUUUAUAGACUAGUCGAUGGACUAUAGGGAUGUUAUAUUAUAUAAUAUAUCGGUCUACAGACUAGUCAAUAGAUCAGUCACUAGAUUGGUCAAUCGAUCAGUCAAUAGGUUAGUUAAUGUCAGACUAGUUAAUUGAUCAGGCAUUAGAUAAGUCAAUAGAUCAAUCCAUAGAAUAGUAAAUAGACCAGUCCAAAGAAUAGUUAAAAGAUCACUUUAAAGACUAAUCAAUAGAUCAGCCUAAAAAAAUCAAUAGAUUAGUCUAUAAACCAGUAAAUCAGUCUAUAGACUAGUAAAUUGACUCCAUAGUCCAUAGAUACGACUUUAGAUUAGUCAGCUGAUCUAUCUAGAUAAUACUUAAUAGAUCAGUCUAUGGACUAGUCAUUAGAUCAGUCUUGAGACUAGUCAAUAGAUCUGUAGACUAGUUAAUAAAUCAUUCUUUAGAAUAGUUAAUAGAUCAGUCUAUAGACUAUACAAUA